CCUCUCUCUCUCUCUCUCUCGCUCUGCCAUUAGCAAGAACACCACACAAACCACGAAAAGAAACCCAAGAAAACCAACCCAACAUGCUUCGGAUCAACUCCAUCCUCAGCCCGAGAGCCACCACCUUGUCCCUAGCCCUCCUCCUUCUCUUCCUCCUCCACACCCACCUCGCCAUUUGCAGUGCAAUGCCAGUCCUGGGCGCUCACGCCAUGAAAAGCGGCGAGAUCGACGCAGCGCUGAAGCGGGCGUGCUCGCGGAGCAUCGGGGACUGCUUGUCCGAGGCGGAGACGGUGGACUUGGAGGCCGAGGCCAGCCGGCGGGUGCUGCUGGCGCCGCAGAAGAAGUACAUCAGCUACGAGACGCUGAGGCGGGACAUGGUCCCCUGCACGACGGCCGGAGCGUCGUACUACAACUGCCACUCCGGGACGGCGAACCCGUACAACAGAGGCUGCGCGGUCAUAACCUGGUGCGCGAGAAACAUUAGGGACAUCAAGACUUGAAUGGGUUCGACUGGCUGCGUGGUGGGUCUGAUCUCAGUGGGAUGUAGUGGUAACGAAGUUUUUUCACUUGGUUUCUGUGCAACUGUUAUUGCCUUUUGGGAGUGCUUAUUGUGUGUCUGCAAUGUGGUGCUGUUACUGUAUAUACACGGUCCCAAUAGUGACUUGAUCCGUGAAACGAAGAAGAAGCUGUGCUCUGGAAAUCGAAUUCUUUCGUUAUUAUGUAUGAUGCCUUGACAGAGGUUCCUUAAGCGCUUGUUAACAUGGCCCUGUCUAGUAUGUACACUACCAGUAUCAAUGAUGUUGAUUCUUUGCUGGAAAUAACAAGAUGCAGUCUCCUCUUGAAGGGCUUUUGACAUCGAGAUUUGGUGAAUGAUAGAAAGGGUUUUAGAACUCAAAUCGUUGUAUGUGUUUUGCCGCUGUAACCGUUUUCUUUUCAGUUUAAAUGUGAAAAUUCGUCAA